AUGAAGUCCGCGAUCACGAAAGCGACGGCUCUGAUCGCUAUUGCAUUCUGUGCCGGACAGUCUGCUCAAGCAUCUACUCCAUACCAGGCAACAUUCGGGGCUGGGUUGAGUACGACCUCUAAGAUAGCUGAUGGCAGGAGUAAUGGCUCGAGGAGUUAUGAGCUAGUAGCACAUCCUGAGUUCUCUCAGCACAACUUGCGGAUCACGGCAGAUCCCUCGCUUUGUGAUCCUUCAGUCAAGCAGCAUUCUGGCUACCUCGAUAUCUCGGAUGGCAGGCACCUCUGGUUCUGGUUCUUCGAGGCCAGAGAGUCUCCACAGGAUGCCCCCUUGAUGAUGUGGCUUAACGGAGGCCCAGGGUGCACAUCUUCUAUGGGGCUAUUUUUUGAAAUGGGACCCUGCACGAUCGCUGACGAAGGGGAAUCGUCCGUUCCCAACCACUACUCGUGGAACAAACACGCCAACCUGAUCUUCCUGGACUCCCCAAUUAACACUGGCUUCUCGUACUCCUCGGACGGCUCAAAGGUCGACACGCUAUCCGACAUGACUGUGGAUCUGUAUGCUUUUCUGACCCUCUUCCUCACGCGCUACCCAGAGUAUGCGUCUGCUCCGUUCCACCUGGCGGCUGAAAGUUGGGGAGGGCAUUAUGCACCGAACAUCGGGUCUUAUAUUCACAAGAAGAACAAGGAGCUCGCUUUUGCUCCUCGCGCCGGCCUUCAGCACAUAAACCUCGCCUCGCUAAUCAUUGUGAACGGUCUCACCGAUCCUCUCGUUCAAUUUGGUUCCAUUCCUGAAUACGGGUGUGGAGGUGCUCCGUAUCCGCCAUGGGAUCCCAGUGGUUCAGAAUGCGCAACCCUUAAACGCAAGGCACCUUUGUGCACUUCCUUGAUUGAGUCGUGCUACAGGUUCCCUUCGAAAGCGACUUGCAACCCUGCCACAAAUUACUGUUGGUAUGAAUUACUUACAACGAUUACAACCACCGAUCGCAACCCUUACGACCUGCGAGUUGCCUGUGAUGCUAAUAGCUCGACGUGUUAUCCUGAGUCCAACUGGAUUGAACGGGAAUUCACUAUGUGUAACAUGACCACCAAUGGUCGUUUCUACGAGCAAGGUCAGGCUAUGCGCAACAGCGCAGCACUCCUCCCAGAACUGAUCAACGACGGGAUCCGCUUGCUUGUUAUGGCGGGUGAUACAGAUUGGAUUUGCAACUACAUGGGUGUUCAACAUUGGAUGCAGAAGUUGGAACACAACUACCAUUCCGAGUUUGCGAUUGCGCCAGCGAGGCGGUGGAAAACAGCGAAAUCUGGUUUAGUUGGAGGCGAAGUGCGGUCCGCCGGCCCUGGCGCGGGCAACGUCACUUUUGUGCAGGUGUAUGAUGCUGGGCACAUGGCUCCUCAUGACCAGCCAGAAGUCACUGAGGACGUUAUCGUACACUGGCUGAAGAAUCUGCCUUUUUAUAAACAUUAG